ACACUUCUUGGCAAAAUUUCUUAGGCGGUUGUUUCGCAUCCACAAGAUGCCAACUAGACGUAUUCUCCCAUGGAAGAUACCAGACUGGCUUCUAGAUGAUCCUUUACUAAAUAAAUCUAUAUCAGAAUAUUUACCAGUUCACUAUAAUUUUGAGAUCCAUAAAACCAUAUGGCGUAUACAUUGUCUUCGAGCCAGGAGGAUCGCUUUACAAAUGCCAGAAGGUUUGCUCUUGUUUGCAAUACCGAUUUCUGAAAUUAUUCGAAAUUACUUUAUUCGUAGCAACAAAACCUCAGGUCAUGCUCUUACUAUCUCUAGUAACGAUACUGCUGUAGCUGAGGACGGUAUUAAAGAUAUUGAUGUUGUAAUUUUGGGCGAUGUUACUUAUGGAGCUUGUUGUGUAGAGGAGCUGACUGCAAAAGCUCUUGGUGUUGACUUGCUCGUACAUUAUGGUCAUAGUUGCUUGAUACCGUUGGACUCAAUUUCCGUCCUAUACGUAUUUGUUGAUAUUCAGAUCGAUAUCGUCCAUCUGAUAGAUAGUGUAAAGGCUAACUUUGAGAAGUCUUCCCGCUUAGCCCUUGUUUCUACAAUACAAUUUGUUACUAGUUUGCAGACUGCUAAGCAACCAUUAUUAGAAGCCGGUUACUCAGUUACCAUUCCUCAGUGUCUUCCUUUAUCGCCUGGUGAAAUACUUGGAUGUACAUCUCCUAAAGUAGAAGGUGUUGAUGCCUUAAUCUACGUGGGUGAUGGUCGCUUUCAUCUCGAAUCUAUUAUGAUAUCUAAUCCAUUGUUAGCUGCUUAUCGUUAUGAUCCCUACAAUAAGUCAUUUACGCGUGAAUACUACGAUCAUAAAGAAAUGCGUAAACAUAGAAAAAAAGCUGUUGAUACCGCAAGAAAUGCUGUCAAUUUUGGGAUAAUAUUGGGCAAGUAAACUACAACUUAUGUCUUUAUUAUCAUCAUUUUGGUUAUAUAACUUUGCACUGUAUUUACUUGAUAAUGUUCUUCCAAAACUAUUUUCUGCCGGAUCGGUCGCCCCAGAGGUAACGAACUUCGACCUAAUGGCUAGGUAAAAAAAUACGAAACCUGGAGAGCUUUUGUCUGAUCUCAUAUGAAGCGUAGGUACAUCUCUUGAAUAUUUAUUUUAUUAAAACAACCAUCCGGUGUUUACUGGUUCUCACUGUUUCUAUAGCUGGAAGUAGACUGUGGAGAAAAUUAUCUCCAAAUCGAUCAAACCUUCACUAACCAUUUACUGAGAAAUUUUUCAUAAAUACCAUUUUCUUUCCAAAGAAAUUGCUUUUUUCUAACCUCAAUAAGAUCCAACUGAGAAACUGUUUCCGUACUAUUUUUCCUUUUAUUUUAAUAUAGGUACACUCGGAAAACAAGGGUCACCAGCUGUUGUGAAACAACUUCAGACAGAAUUGGAAAAAUCAGGAAAGACUUACAUUAUACUAUUGCUGUCUGAAAUAAUUCCAACUAAAUUAGCGCUUUUCGAUGAACAAGUAGACGUCUGGAUUCAGGUAUCCUUAACUUUUCGUUUUCAGGCUCUAAUUCAUAUAUGCGUAUGACAAUUUUCUAAUGGCUUAAGCAUUAAAAUGACCUGAUUUCAUGGUUGAAAUGCUUUUAAUGGGCUUGGAAAUUAGAAACGCGACUUACUAUAAGAUGUAUUCCAAUAAUAAAUUGUCUGGUUCGUGCUAGACAUCCUCAACUUUAUCAAUGGGCGACAUAAUAUGUUUGAUGUCUUGUAAGCCAUUCCAUUUGAUUUUGGACGUUUCGUCAUCAAAAUUAACUUUGUUAUGAACUCGUUAUUUUCAUCUACAAUUACACUUGCUGGAAGAACCUCAACUCAACCACUCAGAAUAAUCGAACUAAUUCGUCAAACGACUGCUAUAAAGACAAAGUCGACAGUAAAUGACUUCAUGAAUUGAUGUUUACAAUUGGUCUAGCCACUUCAUACGUUAUUGAGACCUGCUCCUCUCCUAUCCAGCUUAGCACUUCGGUGGCUUGGCAUACGUAGCAAAUGUUGUAAACAGCCAAGUCGGCAAAGAUUUACAGUCUGAUCAGUCGACUUGCUAUUUCUACCUUAAACAUUGUGCUUACAUUCAGUACGUGGUCUUACCACACCCAGACAAUAAUUUGAAGUACAUUUGUCCUCAAUCUUCGCUGGCUGUUUUUUUACAGACAGGAACACUUUAUGUUUGCUUCUAAAAACAAAUCAACCGACGCGGCAGGUAAUAUAUGUUUACAAAAACCAAGUAAUUGUCUUGUAACCAUGUCAAGACCUUAUUCACUACCCUUACGAAAUUUCCAAGUUAAAUGAAGGUGCCGUCACGGAUCAGUAAUGAAUUUACUCUGUAUGGUCCAGAAAUGUAUUGAUUCAAAUAAAUCCUCAAGCAAUAUUUAGAACCUAAAGGAGGAGAAAUGUAUCCCAACCAUCCUUCCAUCAUCACUUAAAACUUUUAGAAAACUGAACUUUUCCAGCACCCUCAUCGAACACAACAAUGUCAUUUGCGUACUCCAAGUCAAUAAAGUGUAGAUUUUACACAUCCUUGCUGCUCGUAUAACAUUUUACAUUUAUUGCAUAAAUUUGUCGACUCAAAAGAGUUACUUCCUUAUUCUUUUUUGCUCCAAGGUUGCAUGUCCUCGCCUUAGUAUUGACUGGGGUGUUGAGUUUACUAAACCUUUACUCACACCAUACGAAGCAUUUGCUGCUUUAAAUGAGCAAGUUUUUUGGCCUAAAGAUUUAUCCGAAGCCUAUCCCAUGGAUUAUUAUGCUAACCAAAGUUUGGGACACUGGACACCAAAUCACAGGUUGAAUAAAUUGUGUGCACCAAAAACCGUUAACUAAAAAGAUAUAUUACUUGUAAAAAUAAUUGCUGCAAAUAUAACUUAUUAUUAGAACUAAAGUAUAAAUUUUU